AUGCCGUCCACAUACGCUGCCUACUACAACCUCGUGGAGGCUGAGAAGAGUGCUGCCGCAGCCCGUCGCCGCUCCUCCAACCAAUCCACUGCCAGCGAAGCAUCAGUCGCUUCGCACAAGAGCAGCAAGUUCUCCCUGAAGCAGGCCCUCAAGCAACUGCGACCAACCCGAGAGGCCCUGACCCCUGCUGGGAUCUAUGGCCCAAUCAUCCAGCAAGGGCCUCUGUUCGGCAGCAAAAAAUCCACUGGCAAGAUCGAACAACUGAAGGCAUAA